CGAAUCAACCGGUACGGUAUGCAUAUGCGAAACAGAUUGUCCUCCGUGUCCUAUACACACUCCACCACCACCACCACCACCUUGUUGUCAAGGUUGUGGUUGCUAUAAGAUUAAUGCCGGCGAAGUACCCAAUGGUGAUGCAAGUUCAACAACAGACACCUCUUCAUGCAAAUGUUAUUUAAGCGAUUCAACUUCCAGUGAUACCGCCUCCUCAAUAGAUACAGAUCCAUCAUGUAAAAUUAAAUAUCAUCCACAUCCUAAUUGUUGCAAGGUGUGGAUGAGGUAAAGAUAUCUACAAUAAAUCUAGAUACGUUUGACGGCAUGAAAGAUUGAUUGAACAUGUGACAUACUUCAAUAAUUAAAAAAUGUCAUCCUCAUUGAAAGAAUUACCUAAAUUUCUGAAAAAUAUAACUUACUGGUUCUUGAUUUACUAGCUACAUCCUGCAAAAAUGCCUCCUUGUACCUGUGGUGGCAAUACAGAUUCGAAAAGUACCUCAAAAGCUAAAUCUGCAUUCUGGGAAGCGAUAAUUAAAAAACAAGAAGAAAAAUUGGAUCGUCUGAGAGCUCAGAAGUAUGAAAUAUGUUCGAGAAUUAAGGAAUUACAAGCGAAGUGUUCCCCAACAUUUUUUAAUACACAACUCAAAGCUAUUGAUGCAGCGUGUAGUUCGCAGGACAAAAAAGCUUCUAAAUCAGGUUGUCAAUGUUCUGAAGAAUCGUCGGAAUCCUCGGAGUCUAAUGCUUGCCGUUGUACUCCUGAUCCUCCAAAGAGUGAAUUAAGUCUGUGUUGCUCUUGUAAUAGUUCUGUGGAAAGUGUUGCGGCUAAUUGUUGUAAUUGUGAAAAUUUUACAACAAACCCAUAUCAAGAAAAACGGGAGCAAUACCAAUCCAGUGUGCCACAAUCGAAUAACUGUAUUUGUACAAUCUCCGAAAUAAAAAGCUCUUUCAAUACGUUUUUAGCAAAAGGUGCAAAAACACCACCAGAGAUUAGAACUGAUCCAAACAGCUGUUCAUGCACUCCAACACCGUCUGAUCUAACGUCUUGUACCUGCACUAUAACUCCAGAACAAAAAAUCUCAGAUAAUAAAAUAAGCAACCAAAAAGAUCAAUAUAACGCGCAAGACCAAAAAGAUGAGUCAGGAAUGCCUUGUAUAUGCGGACUAUGCGAUUUAAUAAUUCCUAAUUUCCCAACAAUUGAUGCCACAAAAAAAACCUCAGGUACGGCUGAAGAACUUUUCACCGCUAAAAAUUUCAAUCGGCAAUCAAGUAACAAAAAAUCUAGUUCUAAAGCAAAAGAUACUUCAAAAGCGUAUUGUUGUAGCUGUGAUAAAACAGUAUCUAAACCACCACCUGACGUUGGUGACGUGCCCUUUAAAAACACAUCAGUCGGUAAACGUCAAAUGAGUACAUCUGCAAGACCAAUCUCACGAGAUUCUGCAAAAGGAAAAAGAAAAAGUGCGAAGAAAAAGAAUAAAUCUUUAAAGCUUUGCUGCUUUUGUGGGGCAGAUUUGCCACCUAUGGAACCAAAUAUAACUAAUGAAGCAAUAUGUAAUUGUGGUAAUACGAGAAAUACAACUCCAGCUAGAUUACAAUGUUUAUGUGAUUCAAAUAAUUUACAACAAACAUACAAAUCUGAUAAAAUCUGUGAUUGUUGUCCUACACAAUGCCAAAAUAAUGUUAAUGAACCAAAGGUUGCUGACUUUGAGAAAUCAAUCAUUGAAGCUGUGUGUAAGUGUGAUCUAGAAAUCGUGGAUACACAUGAUGUAGAAAUCGAAGAAAAACCCAGUAUGAGUGAGAAAUCAUGUACUUGCGAACCAAUAUCUCCACCUGUAGCAAAAGAAGUAGACGAUUUUGAUGGUUCUUGCGAUUGCGAUAUUACUACCAUCGAAAAGACACCUAUUGGAGAUGUGAAUAGUAGUUGUAGUUGUGCAAUAGAAGCAGUGGAUCAAGAUGUCGUAUCUGAUGCGACAUGUAGUUGUGUCUCGCCAUCAAAUAAACCAAUUGGAGAUGUUGAUAGUAGUUGUAGUUGCGCGGAUAAUAAUAUGGGCCAAGAAAAUGAUUUAACUGAUGGGACGUGUAGUUGUGGUUCUUUACCAGCAAAUCAGGAAACAACAUUGCAAAAUAAACCAGUCGGAGAUGGUGAUAGUAGUUGUAGUUGCGCGGAUAAUAAUGUGGUCCAAGAAAAUGGUUUAUCUGAUGGGUCGUGUAGUUGUGGUUCUUUUACGGCAAAUAAGAAUGAGGCAUUAAAACAAGGCCAGGACGAUGUAAGUAGUUUCGUAUCUUGUCUUUGUGACCUUCCACAAUUAGAAGAAAAUUCACAAAGACAAGCACAACUACAAGAACAAGUAGGAAACAAACGUAUAGAUGAAAAAAUGAAAUGUAGCUGCGGUACUCAAAUGAAAAUUCGACCAUCAACUAACAAAAAAGAGUUUUCUAACAAAUCAACAUGCAUUAAGAUAUGCAUUAAUAGUUUUACACAAACAGAUGAAACGGCACCCAAAGGUAGAAACCCAGUUGCAUUUAAAGAUUCAAACUUGGAAUUGGAAAAUUGUAAAUGUGGUGUCGGAAAUUGGGCACAAACAAAGUAUGAAAAGGAGAAAGAAGUUGGUAUUCAAUCGUGUGCUUGCAGUUCCUCAUCAUCGGAUGAGGAGUCAUCAGGAGAAAGUAGUAUGACAUCACAAUCUACAACAAAGUGUAGUUGUGUUUCAAAAUCAAAUAACUCUGUAUCGCAAGAAAGGGCGAGGUUUAUAAGUUGUACUUGUAGCACUGUAGCUAGCACGUACGUAGCUGCUUUAGGGCUGUGUGGAUUCAAUUCUGAGCAGAAGAAUAAGGGAUCUAAAACCCAAAAGAAUCAGCAAUUUUGUAGUUGCAGUUUGGACGAAAGCGAAGACAUUAGUGACGACGAACAAUGUACCUGUGUUGCCAUAGCGAUUCAUAGCUGUAACGAGACGCCUUUUAAAAGAAGCAAAAAUCAAGCAGUGUCUACCAAAACGAAUGUAUGUUCAGAGAAAAAAGGUUUGACGAAUUCGCAAAGAAGUAAUCAAUCUGCAUCAAAACACUUGGACACUAAAACACUAAGUUGUCAUACAACUGAUAGUAAAAAGACUGAUUCCUUAAGCAUUUGUGCAAGUAAAAGCACACCAUCAAUGGGGUUCAUAAGAAAACAAAAGGAGUCGAAGAUAUUGUGCAAGAAUGUAUCAGAUAUUAUGACGUUAGCUGAAGAUUUUAAAAUAUUUCCGAACAUAUCAAGUGAAACUUUUACUUUAUCUGGCUCUCGAAACGCUUUAUCAGCAAUAGAACUAUCUCAUGAUUAUGCUAUUCCAAAAAUGUACGUAGCAGUGGCCAGAACACAGAACUGCUUUCCUCAAAGUCAGAAGAACUGUAAUCAAGGUUGUUGUGUUUGCUUAACUUUAGAUAGUCCUUCUGAGAUGAAAAACUUCCAUACAAACGCAUCUAAUAUACCACUUUUAUCAUCAUUUUGCUUUGAUUCACCACUCCGGCGGGGUACUGUUGAUAGUGGCUGCUCUCCCAUCGAAAAUAUGCCGUUUUCUAAAUACUGCCAAACAAAGCAUUCUUCAUUACGCAGACAUUCCUCAAAAUCUCGAAAAAAGAAACCGACAGUAUCUUACGCUCAAACAGAUUCUCGUUGUUCAGUAUGUUCUUGUUCUUUACGGGAAGCUAUAGGAAAAGACUUGGAAGAUUAUGGCAUUGUAGAAGAUGUUCCCAUUAAAGAUUGCUAUCACGAACGAAAACACAAACGAAAAUGUGUUUCGAGCGUUACAAAACAAGAUUCAAUAUGCGAUGAAAGUGAAAAAUGCAGUAAAAAGGUAAUGAAACGAAAAUAUCCAACUCAAGAUAUAUCAAGAAAUCGCCCAUCUGGUAAUGACUCGAAAUCAUCGUGGUAUAAUCAAUAUGAUUGGAAAAAUAGGUGGAUGCCAUCACAAACUAUUGAUCAAGAAUUGGACAAUUAUCCGACUAAAUUGGAUAAAAUAUUGAAUAUUUUUGGUGAUAUAUCGAAAGAUAUUAUGGACCCAAGUGAUUCUACCGCUUCAAUAUCAAUUCUUUUCUAGCAAACGAGAUUGUAAUAUUCAAGUUGUAACAUCAAAGUAUUAAUAUAUGUGGAGAUUUAGUACACAAUUUUAUUUGUAUUAAAUCCACAGAUGUAGAAUUAAAGAGAGAACCAGCUUA